AUGGGCGAGGAGAUGGGUGAGGGCCGUCCGGGAGUGGCGGCGACGCUGCGGGCGCUGAACGGGGCCCUGGGGCGGACGGCCGCCCUCUGGGUGAAGGAGAAUGGCGCCCGCAACCUGCGCCACCGGGAUUUCCUGGCGCCACGGGCCGCACUAAGCGUCGCCUUUCCCGGCGGGCAGGUGCCCCCCGAGGCCGUGUCGGCGGUGCCGUUGCUUCGGGGUCCGGCCGUGCUGCCGCUGCGGGUCUGCCGGCAGACGCCGGCGGGGCUGGCGGUGCAGGUGCACCGCCCCGAAGCCUUCCAGCUCCUGCUGGGGCCUCUGCCCAGCCCGCCCCCCACCGCGGCGGGGCCGCGCACGGGCUGCGUGGUGCUGCACUGCCCGGCGCUGCGCAGCCCCGCUGCCCUGCGGCCCCGCCACCUCCGCUCCGUCCUGGUGGCCGACCACCUGGCCCAGCUGCUUCGCGCCCAGGGGGUCGACGUCCGCCUGGUCCCUGUCCUCAGCGAGGAGAGGAGCUGGGACGUCCUGCGGCAGCUCCGCAUCUGCUGGCCCUCCGGCUCCAGUGUCUCGGCCCUCACUGAUGCCAUCUCGGCCUUGAAGGCAGCGCUGGGCCGGUGCCCCUGUGCCGCAGCCUGUGAGCAGGGGCCAGGCACAGCCGAGGGUGUCAUCUGUAAGGUGCACCUGAAGAGCUUUGUGGAGCAGCAGGGCUUGUUAGGAUACGACCCCAAUCUAGAUGUGCUUCUCGUGACAGAGAGGACACUGCGGUCCUUGGCUGAGCUGCAGGAAGCUGUUCUGCAGUGCCCAACCAAAGGCCAGAGCAGUUGCUGCAGCAUCGUGCAUGUGGUGAACUGUGAGGAGGAAUUCCAGCAGCAGCAGAUGGAUGUGCUCUGGAGGAUUUUGGAUCCUGGAGCCCACACAGCUUUGCAGAAACACCUUGUCUGUGGGCCAGUGAAGGUGAUGAACCCCUCAUCACCCAUUGGGGCAGACCAGUACUUCCAGCUCCGAAAGCGCCAGAUGUAUGAAGCCUCUGUGAUAAAGUAUGGGGAGCUUGCACAAGAUGAAGCCUGGACAGAGGUGAUUGAUACCCUGACAGUGGCUGCCAUCAGGUUUGAGAUGCUGAGCACUGCUCAUCGGAGUCAGAUCACCCUGGACCUGGAGAACAACAGCAUCUCCACAAAGGGAACAAAGAGUGGUGCCUUUGUGAUGUACAACUGUGCCCGACUGGCCACGCUCUUCAACACCUUCCAGCGGGCUGUGGAGCAGGGCACAUAUCCACCUCUGCCACCAGUGUCUGAACUCAACUUCUCCUGCCUCCGAGAAGAGGGUGAAUGGCUCCUGCUCUUCAACUAUCUCCUGCCCUUCCCCGAAGUCCUGCAGCAGGCAGCACAGCUGCCCCCACCCUCCAAGGGGAUCCGGAUCACUGCCAACACAGAGACAGUGUGCAAGUUCCUGAUCCAGCUCAGCAUGGAUUUCAGCUCCUACUACAACCGGGUGCACAUCUUGGGGGAGCCGUUUCCUCAUCUCUUUGACCAGAUGUUUGCUCGCCUCCAUCUGCUGGGAGCAGUGAGGGAUGUGUUCCACAGUGCCCUGGCAACCCUGCACCUCCCUCCUCUCAGCCAGAUCUGAGCCACCCCUGAAGAGCUGUACCAUGGUGUGACAGUCACCUACACACCACACGCUGGGGGAGAGAACAGGGCACAUUGUCCUGGCAAGGCAAGGGCUGCUCCAGUGGCAGGCAAGGCACAGUUCAGCCCCAUGGAGGCAUUUCCCUUCCCAUGGUCCGUGGUGUUUGGGGAUUGGUCUGUGCUCUCUGCAGCUGUGUCCAGUGUGGGAUAUGGAUGCCCCUCUACAUCCACACUAGUAGAAGGGAAAAGAGCUCCUGUGGCACCCCAGAAGCUGGGCUGGGAGUACUGGGAAGGUGGCAGCAGGGACCAGUCACCACAAAGACGGACAAAUGCCAACUUCACUUCCCUCAAAACUUUAUUGAAAGGUGCUCCAUGCUGGCAGGGAGCUCCUCAGACUCCUGGUUCCUGUUGGGCUCUGAGCCACACCCCAGUAUUGGGGUCCAAUACACUUGUUGCUGGACAACC